GCUAUAAAUAUUUCCUUCCACACUUCAAAGUUCACAGCUUUAGAGCAAAAACCAGACUAAAAUCUUCAGUUGUCCUAAAAUUUGUAUAAAAAUCCCAAAUUUCCAACACUUCGCCGGCCACCGUAAUUUGAUUAAUCCAUGACCGCCGUCUCCUCCCCGCCUUUUCAAUUCGUCCUUCUAGACUGGACUCCUGAUUUACUCAACACAACCAACAUGGCACACCCGCAGCCUCAGUCACAGCAGCCUCCCAAUUCGGCCUCCGAUUCCGAACCCGGCGACUCCCACUCUGUCUCCACCCAAUACCCAAGCCCAGGCCCGAACCUGAACCUGAACCCGAACCCGAACCAAAUCCCCAAGCUCCACCACCUGUCCUUCAACCAGGACCACGUCUGCUUCUCCGUCGCCACGGACUCCGGCUUCCGCGUCUAUAACUGCAACCCCGUCCGCGAGCUCUUCCGCCGCGAUUCCGGUCAGCGGGGCGUCGGAAUGGUCCAAAUGCUAUUCCGCUCCCAAAUCCUCGCCCUAGUCGGCGGCGGUCCCGACCCGAUUUACCCGCCCAACAAAGUCAUGAUGUGGGACGACAAAGAGUCGCGGUGCUACGCCGAGCUCGCUUUCCGAUCGGAGGUAAGAAGCGUCAGGCUCCGCCGCGACCAAAUCGUCGUCGUUUUGGAGCACAAAAUCUUUCUCUACAGUAUCACCAGCUUAACGCUCGAGCAUCAGAUCAUGACCAUCUCGAACCCCAAAGGACUCUGCGAGGUCUCGCAGUGUUCGGGUCACCCCGUGCUGGUGUGCCCGGGGCUCCAAAAGGGUCAAGUUCGGGUCGACCAUUACGGGUCAAAGCGGACCAAGUUUAUUGCCGCCCACGAUUCUGUGCUCUCUUGCUUGGGGCUCACGCAGGACGGCCGGCUGCUCGCUACAGCCAGCAGUAAAGGGACAUUGAUUCGGAUUUUCAAUGCUUUGGAUGGUUCAUUACUGCAAGAGGUAAGGAGAGGAGCCGAGAGAGCAGAGAUUUUCAGUCUUGCUUUCUCCUCUGGUGCACAAUGGCUAGCUGCGUCAAGUGACAAGGGCACCGUCCAUGUUUUCAGCGUCAAGGUUGAUUCGGGAUCCUUGGGGGGUGAGAGAUCAAGCAGUUCAUCAGAAUCCAGUCCCCCGAGUCCGUUGGGCAUUUCAUCUCUCUCUUUCAUGAAAGGUUUAUCCUUCUCCGGUGUGCUGCCAAAGUAUUUCACCUCAGAGUGGUCAGUGGCUAAAUAUCACUUGCCGGAAGGUCUGCGGUACACUGUUGCCUUUGGCCACCAGAAGAACACGGUGGUGAUUCUUGGCAUGGACGGAAGCUUCUACCGAUGCCAGUUUGACCCCGUAAACGGAGGAGGGAUGACUCAGAUUGAAUACCAUAACUUUCUUAAGCCAGAAGAAACCUCCUGAAGUAGUCUAAAUAUACAGUUUUGGUAAUGACUCCUGUUAUAUUACGUCCUUUUGUCCCUUACAUUGCUUGGGGUUGAAAUUAGUUCAUUGUAAAUAUCUGAGGAAAUAAGGAUUGUGCUAGAGAUUGUUCAACAUUUCAACAUUGUAAAUAAACUUGUCUCCAAACUUCUGGUUCGCAGCGUUGAUUAGUUCGAUUUU